CUCUCUUUCUGUUGAAUCUAUGUUCAUAGUCAUUCCUUUUCAGCCUUAACAAUUCCUGCAGCCUACCUUGCUUCCCUCCUUCUAGCUGGGCAAGCCUGUCGUUCGAGUUUGCGACACUCCCUCUUCGCUUCUUGUAUCAACACUUCGUUUUCCUGUCCCGGUAGACCUGAAGAAUGGGUCAACUCACAGCUCUAGCUGGCGUUACAGCACUUUUGCUGUCUACCUCAGUCAUAGCCGCAAACUACACACUGGCCGACUCUUACGAUUCCACCAACUUCUUUGACGAGUUCAGUUUCUUCGCCGAUUCCGACCCAACGCACGGAUUCGUCCGGUACCUCGAUGCAGAAGCAGCCGAAGCGGCCUCCCUUGCGAGCUGCAAGGACGAUGUCGUAUUCCUCGCCGUUGACAACACGACUCUUCACCCGCCAGGCGGCCGGCCGUCUGUCCGAGUCACGUCCAACAAAGCGUACAACACAGGACUGUUCAUUGCUGACAUUUCCCAUAUGCCGGGGAACGCGUGCGGCGUUUGGCCGGCCUUCUGGACAUUCGGCCCCGACUGGCCCAACGGUGGCGAGAUGGACAUCAUCGAGGGUGUCAGCAUGCAGAGCAGCACCGCCGUCACGCUGCACACUUCCGCGGGAUGCACCAUCACCAACAAUGGCUCUGCCUCUGGAACGACCCUUUCGAGCGGGGACUGCAACAGCAACUCGGGCUUUGACGGUUGCUCUCAGCAGACAUCGGACACUGCUUCAUUCGGCGACGGCUUUAACGCCGUCGAGGGUGGCGUCUACGCGAUGGAAUGGACCACGGGUGCCAUUUCGGUGUGGUUCUUCCCGCGCGGCAGCAUUCCGGCAGACAUCAUCGGCGGUAUUCCCGACCCGACCUCUUGGACCACGCCCCACGCCAGGUUCGUCGCUUCUGGCUGUGACUUUACCAGCCACUUCAAGGAUCAAAACAUUGUCUUUGACACCACCAUGUGUGGAGACUGGGCUGGCAACGCGUGGUCGUCAGACACCAAGUGCAGCGCCUUGGCCUCCACCUGUGAGGAAUACGUCGCCGCGAACCCAGCGGCUUUUAGUGAAGCAUAUUGGCUGGUUAAUUCGGUCAAGGUGUAUCAACAGGGUGCUUCUGCGAAGGGCAACCUUCGUCAGGCGAGGAAGUUCCGGGAGUGA